CUUAUUGUCGUUCUUAAACAAUGUCAACCUGUAGUUCGGGGCGUCUUUUUUUUGUAAAGCUGCGUUCGCCACGCAUUGUACUCGCCAAGCAUUGUACGUUAGGCCACUGGACGCAUUUUCUGGGGAGGCACAAAACAAUGAGGAUCACCGUCGUCGCCCUCACACUUAUCAUCGUCGCAUUCGUAUGCCUGGAAGUGCCGCUCGCCGAAGGAAGAAUUCGAAUCCCGAGGAUUCGGAAACCGAGGGCUCCCCGUUUACCCCAUCGUGUGCCAAAGGCCCCUAAGGUACAUGUGCCUAAACCACAUCAUUCGGGGCGCGGAGCCCGUGCACUUGCCGGGUUGAGUGUAGCAGGCGUUGUGGGCGAACUGGGAAGUUCAGCGGCCAGUAUAGCAGGGACUGUGAUUGGCGCUCAGCAAGGAAAGACAGAGGAAUGAUCCUGCAGUCUGCAUGAAUACCUUCACACCUGCUGGGGUAUGAAGACAAGAAAAGCAGAACCCUUAUCUUCAUCCUAACUAGUAAGAAUAAAGGCAAAUGACGACUGAGCAAUAUGGACACUGAAGACUGAAGAUAAUGUUGUAUAUUUCUUUUUUUGAUAGUAUAACGGCCACACACACACGCACCUCUCAUAUGUACAGACAUGCAUACACAUCUAUGAAUAACGAAGUAGGAAGGCCGUCGGCUGCAGCAAGAUUAACUAUUAGGUUAGAGAAAAACCUUC